AUGCCUGUACUCGGCCUGAUGCCUGCCAGUUGACUCGAUGCCCGCUGUUGAUCCAGAUGAUCCGGUACCUGAUCCCGGUGCCCGCUGUCGUGCCAAUUGACUCAGAGCCCGCUGUCGUACCUGGUGACUUGGUGCCCACUGCCUUGCCAGAUGACGCGGUGCCCGCUGGCAAGCCAAAUGACCUGAUGCUGGUGACCCGAUGCCCGCUGUCCAGCCAGACGAUUCAAUGUCUGCCCCAGUGCCCGCGGUCAUGCCAGUUGACUCGGAGCCCACUGCCUUGCCAGAUGACGCGGUGCUCGCUGUCGAGCCAAAUGACUUGAUGCCUGGUGACCCGAUGCCCGCUGUCCAGUCAGACGAUCCAAUGUCUGACCCAUGCCCGCGGUCAUACCAGUUGACUCGGAGCCCACUGCCU